CGGGAAGGGCGGGUGCGCGCCGCGGGCAUGCGCCGUGCGGAGCGAGACGGCGGCUCAGCGGGGUCAUCCGAGCGCAGGCGCAGUGCGGUGUUUGUCUGCCGGACUGACGGGCGGCCGGGCGGUGCGCGGCGGCGGCGGCGGCGGGGAAGAUGGCGGCGUCCUCCCUGGAGCAGAAGCUGUCCCGCCUGGAAGCAAAGCUGAAGCAGGAGAACCGCGAGGCCCGGCGGAGGAUCGACCUCAACCUGGAUAUCAGCCCCCAGCGGCCCAGGCCCAUUAUUGUGAUCACUCUAAGCCCUGCUCCUGCCCCGUCCCAGCGAGCAGCCCUGCAGCUCCCGCUGGCCAACGACGGGGGCAGCCGCUCACCGUCCUCCGAGGGCUCCCCGCAGCACCCCACGCCCCCCGCCCGGCCCCGCCACAUGCUGGGGCUCCCGUCAGCCGUGUUCACGCCCCGUAGCAUGGAGAGCAUCGAGAUCGACCAGAAGCUGCAGGAGAUCAUGAAGCAGACGGGCUACCUGACUAUCGGGGGCCAGCGCUACCAGGCGGAAAUCAACGACCUGGAGAACCUGGGGGAGAUGGGCAGCGGCACCUGCGGCCAGGUGUGGAAGAUGCGAUUCCGGAAGACGGGCCACGUGAUCGCUGUCAAGCAAAUGCGGCGCUCGGGAAACAAGGAAGAGAACAAGCGGAUCCUCAUGGACCUGGACGUGGUGCUCAAGAGCCACGACUGCCCCUAUAUCGUGCAGUGCUUCGGGACCUUCAUCACCAACACGGAUGUCUUCAUCGCCAUGGAGCUCAUGGGCACGUGCGCCGAGAAGCUCAAGAAGCGGAUGCAGGGCCCCAUCCCUGAGAGGAUCCUGGGCAAGAUGACGGUGGCGAUCGUGAAGGCGCUCUACUACCUAAAGGAGAAGCACGGUGUGAUCCACCGCGACGUCAAGCCCUCCAACAUCCUGCUGGACGAGCGGGGCCAGAUCAAGCUCUGCGACUUCGGCAUCAGCGGCCGCCUGGUCGACUCCAAGGCCAAGACGCGGAGUGCGGGCUGUGCCGCCUACAUGGCUCCCGAGCGCAUCGACCCCCCAGAUCCCACCAAGCCCGACUACGACAUCCGGGCCGAUGUGUGGAGCCUGGGAAUCUCCUUGGUGGAGCUGGCAACAGGACAGUUUCCCUACAAGAACUGCAAGACGGACUUUGAGGUCCUCACCAAAGUCCUACAGGAAGAACCCCCGCUCCUGCCCGGUCACAUGGGCUUCUCGGGAGAUUUUCAGUCCUUCGUCAAAGACUGCCUUACUAAAGAUCACAGGAAGAGACCAAAGUAUAAUAAGCUACUUGAACACAGCUUCAUCAAGCGCUACGAGACGCUGGAGGUGGAUGUGGCGUCCUGGUUCAAGGAUGUCAUGGCGAAGACCGAGUCGCCGCGGACAAGCGGGGUCCUGAGUCAGCACCACCUGCCCUUCUUCAGGUAGCCGCGCAGCGGCGGCGGCCAGCCCGCCAGGGGCUGGGGGCGUGGCCACGGGCCCCCCCCUUCCCCACCCGGCCACCCAGCUGCCCGCCAGGGGAGCCCUGGGACCUGGACGGCCGCCGAGGGCUGAGGACAGAAAGUAGGGGGCACCAACCCACCCCCGACUCCCUGCCCGCCAGCCAUGGACAGAAGGGCCCGCCCGGCCCCAGCCCUUCCCGUCCCGGGAUCAGCCGGCCGUACGCGUCCCCCCGACAGACACUGUGAACCGGAAGACAGCAGGCCUAGAGCAGACUCGCUAUUUAUUCAGUUGUAACCUCUGGGCUGGGGCGGCCCCCAGGGGCCGGGAGAGAGCCGCCUGUCCCGCACCCUGCCACACCGCGCUGUCCCCACCGCCUCCUCCCACGCACAUGCGCCCUGGCUCCGUCUCCCUCUCUCUGUCACCUCCCUCUCUACCUCUCUGGCUUUCCCUGUCUCCCUCCCUGCCUCUGCCUUUCUCCUGGCCCAGGCCCAGGCCCAGGCCCUGCCACCCCCGGCAGGACCCUCAGGUCCACGUAGGUCUCCAGCAAGCCAUGAGUCAGUCGGCUGGCGUCCUUGCCCCAGGCAGGCAGGCUGGACGUUGUGACUGCAGCCGGACCCGGGCGGGUCUCUUUCGCUCUCUUUUUGAUCUCAGGGGGUCCUUUUUGGAGUUUAUUGUAUUUUAUUGUACUUGGUGGGGUGUUUGGGGGGUGGGGGGAGGAGAAGAGCUUGUUCUCAUGGGGUUUGUCGGUACCUUCAGAAACUUUUACCAAAGUCAUGUUUAGCUGCUUGUGGUGGCAGCCCCCUGACGGCCCGCGGGCGCUGGGGGGCUGGGGCUGGGGGCCGAGCCCUGGGGGCCUGGGCCACCGCCCGGGAGAGACUAGUCCCAAAGGUGGGCUCUGGGGGAGGGCGCCUCCCUCGGGGCUGGAGACUGGCCACAGCUUGCAGGGGUGAGUUGAGGACCUCAGGGGGUGUGGAGGGAGCCCAGUGGGCCAUGGCCACACAGGGUGGCCUUCAGGGAAGGCAGGUGUGGGGCGUGGUGGAGGGUGGCAGGCGCUGGUGCGGCAGGGAGGCGGCGGAGGGAAUGGGUGACGGGAGCGGCGGCCGUGGGGCCCAGGGAGGCAGGGACUGAGGGUGCGUGGAGUGGAUGUGGGGGUUUGAGGACGUGUGACAGGGACAGAGGUGGGGCAGGCCAGGGGCUGGGCGUGUGGAGGCAGUCACGCCCUCGUAGUGGCCCUGAGCACCCCUCGACUCACCCAGAGCUGGCCAGUCCCCAGCCCUCCCUGAGGCCCGGGGAGCAGCCAGAGCAGGAGGGGGUGUGUUUCCUUUUUGUUGGUGUUGCAUGCAAAUCAAGUGGAUGACAAAACAAAAUAACAAAACAAACAAACAAAAAAAAUGGAAAAAAAAAAAAAACCCACAAAAACCAACCAACACCAAAGGUGAGGAACCUCGCUGGAUGUAGCUGAAGCAAUCUAGACUAGGCGUCACUGUACCCUCCAUCUAUCUCACUGACUCUAGUUACUGCUAGGAUAGUCACAAAAUGCCGCAUGUUUAAAAAGUACUCGAAGUCAUCUUUUCUCUGCACCUCCCCCAACUCCUGGGGGUGGCCACCUUCUCUUGCUCCAGUCCCCUUGUGGGGGGGGGGCAAGGUUCGGGGCCAGUAGGCCUGGCCCCCACCCUCCUUCGCCAGGCCCAGCCACGGGGGCCUUUGUGGGUAGCCGGGAAGGUUGCGUGGCCAGCCCCAAGGGCUGCAACAGGCGUGAGCCCAGCUGCCUGGGUUUAUUUUUAUUUAACUUUAUUUUCUGUUUUGUAAGCGUGUGUCCGCCCAUUUCCCCCCUCCCCCCCUUCAGUGUUCAAUGGGAGCCUCUUCUUCCCUCCUGCCUCUCCCAUGUCCCCCCCCCCACCAUCCCCACGUCACCAGUCACCAGCCACCAGCCAUCCCUCUCCACCAGGCAGAGGGCGAAGUGGGCAGGCAGGGGCCUGAGGUGGCCUGGCCCAGCCCGUUGGCCCACGACCCCUUCUCAGGCCACCAGUAUUGCCCCAUCCCUUUUUAAAAGGAAACUCCCUUGUUUGUAAAUCCUUAGAGGCUUGAGAAUAAAACCCCUCCCUCUUCUUC